AUGCUCGUUCUCUCCGGUCCUCCCCUCCAUCCGCACCAACCUCCCCCUCCAUCCACACCAACCUCACCCUCCAUCCACACCAACCUCACCCCUCCAUCCGCACCAACCUCCCCCUCCAUCCACACCAACCUCCCCCUCCAUCCGCACCAACCUCCCCCUCCAUCCACACCAACCUCACCCCUCCAUCCGCACCAACCUCCCCCUCCAUCCGCACCAACCUCCCCCUCCAUCCACACCAACCUCACCCCUCCAUCCACACCAACCUCCUCCUCCAUCCACACCAACCUCACCCCUCCAUCCGCACCAACCUCACCCCUCCAUCCGCACCAACCUCCCCCUCCAUCCGCACCAACCUCCCCCUCCAUCCACACCAACCUCACCCCUCCAUCCGCACCAACCUCCCCCUCCAUCCACACCAACCUCCCCCUCCAUCCGCACCAACCUCCCCCUCCAUCCACACCAACCUCACCCCUCCAUCCGCACCAACCUCACCCCUCCAUCCGCACCAACCUCCCCCUCCAUCCACACCAACCUCCCCCUCCAUCCGCACCAACCUCCCCCUCCAUCCACACCAACCUCACCCCUCCAUCCGCACCAACCUCCCCCUCCAUCCGCACCAACCUCCCCCUCCAUCCACACCAACCUCACCCCUCCAUCCACACCAACCUCCUCCUCCAUCCACACCAACCUCACCCCUCCAUCCGCACCAACCUCACCCCUCCAUCCGCACCAACCUCCCCCUCCAUCCGCACCAACCUCCCCCUCCAUCCACACCAACCUCACCCCUCCAUCCGCACCAACCUCCCCCUCCAUCCACACCAACCUCACCCCUCCAUCCGCACCAACCUCACCCCUCCAUCCGCACCAACCUCCCCCUCCAUCCACACCAACCUCCUCCUCCAUCCACACCAACCUCACCCCUCCAUCCACACCAACCUCCCCCCUCCAUCCACACCAACCUCCUCCUCCAUCCACACCAACCUCACCCCUCCAUCCGCACCAACCUCACCCCUCCAUCCGCACCAACCUCCCCCUCCAUCCGCACCAACCUCCCCCUCCAUCCGCACCAACCUCACCCCUCCAUCCGCACCAACCUCCCCCUCCAUCCGCACCAACCUCACCCCUCCAUCCGCACCAACCUCCCCCUCCAUCCACACCAACCUCACCCCUCCAUCCGCACCAACCUCCCCCUCCAUCCGCACCAACCUCACCCCUCCAUCCGCACCAACCUCCCCCUCCAUCCGCACCAACCUCACCCCUCCAUCCGCACCAACCUCCCCCCUCCAUCCACACCAACCUCCCCCCUCCAUCCACACCAACCUCACCCCUCCAUCCGCACCAACCUCCCCCUCCAUCCACACCAACCUCACCCCUCCAUCCACACCAACCUCACCCCUCCAUCCGCACCAACCUCACCCCUCCAUCCACACCAACCUCACCCCUCCAUCCGCACCAUCCUCACCCCUCCAUCCGCACCAACCUCACCCCUCCAUCCGCACCAUCCUCACCCCUCCAUCCGCACCAACCUCACCCCUCCAUCCGCACCAACCUCACCCCUCCAUCCGCACCAACCUCACCCCUCCAUCCGCACCAACCUCACCCCUCCAUCCACACCAACCUCACCCUUCCAAAGUAUUGAAAUGGGACUUGGAAAACGAACCUGGAUCGGUGCAUCGCUGCAUCAUGACCAUGUGUGCGGCUCAGUCCAGGAGACCAAAUCCAGUGUGGGGCCUGGGACUGAUGGUCCUCCUGCUGCAGACCACAGAGUCCAGGGAGGACCGGAUUUCUCCUCAGACCUCGUGGGAAGUCUUCAUCAGGAACAAUGAGGAGAGCAGCCGUCCCGUCAGGGAGCACAGGAGGAGUUGCUCCAGGUCGCUGCGGGCCCAGGUCUGGUUUACGAGUCGGCUCUGGGCAUCGACGUUGGUUCCACAGAGAAGUGUGGAGGAGCUGCUCUUCACUCAGGCCUACACCAGCUCUCUGUGUGGCUCCUCUCUCUCCUCUGGACGCUUCAGGGCUCCAAUCUCGGGACUGUACCUCCUCAACGCAAACCUCCUCAUAGAGUCGGACGAGCGAGCGCCCAUCCGAGCAGCGAUCUGUGUCCAGGACCGGUGUGAGGGCAACAUGUCUGUGACGUCUGUGAUUUCGACAUCAGGGCCGUCCACAGUGGUCCUCACAGGGACACUGUACCUGCAGAGUGGACAGUACGUCUCUGUGCUGAUGGACAACGGCUCCGAGACCAGACUCAGCGUCCAGGGUUCAUCUGUGUUCUCUGGGGUCCUCCUGGGGGUCUGA